AUGAGUUUGUUCAACAUAUCAUUGUCAAUUACCCGUCGGUCUUUGUAUAUUGUGGUAAUUACACUUGCGGUCACUAUUCUCUUACCUUGGUCGGUUCUCUCGUACUUAAGAUUUUAUGGGAUUUUAAUCCCAAACGCUUCGUAUGAAUUACCAGUAAGAAUGAGCUCACCUAGGUACAACUCGGAAAUCGUAGCUGAAGGUAGUAGCUUAGUAGAUAUUUUGGCGAAUUACAAUGUAGGAACAGGACGAGUUUCCAACUUGAAUUAUAACUUAGAAUUAGAAAUCGCUGCUCAUUGUAACAAGCAUCAAAUCGGUGAUACCCAAAUUGUUGUUGGAGAAUUAAUCAUGGGUAACCAGACAUGUGACCUCCCCAGCGAGUAUCGUCGUUCUUCUUUUGGUCUGUCUUCCUUUAUACUUCAAUGUGAUCCAAGGGUAAUUUACUCUUCGUCGAAUUGGUUUAUUCCUUAUAACUUUCGUCACUGGGUUCCUCCAUUCUUGACCAAUUGUGAGAGACUAAAUGUGAUCAAUGUUAAAAUAGGGACCUUUUCGGAUAUUGAAAUGUUGAAUUUAUUGACUAAUACAGCAACCAAUAACGCUACUGACCCUGCAAGAAUCAGAUACUGGACAGACUCGAAGUUACAAAUAGACGUAACUAAGUCUAAGUUGCAUGUAAAUGUCGAAUGGCAGGGUAUAAGGUACUAUCUUUUCUACCAUUAUUACAUUUGUUUUGCAUUAGGUGUUGGUAUGUUUUGGGCAGUUAGUUCGAGUGUUUGUCUUGUGGUGAGUAUGGCUGUCUGGUGGGGUGUUAGGAGUAAAGUAAAAUCUGACUAA